AUGGCGGGUGUGCGCUCCUUAACAGAGGGUAUCGGCGACUACAAAUCCGCUUCUUGCUCGAAUCUAUCGAGCCUGCUACUGGUCAAGCUGGUCGCCCUGGUCGCCGUAAUCGCCUUCUUCGUGUGGGAGUUUCGGUCGUGGUACCGAUUGCGAAAAAUCCCCGGACCCUUUGUUGCCUCUGUCUCAGUCUUGUGGCAACUGAAGAAGGCCAUCGGAGGCACAUACCACGAGCAUUUGAACGACGUUGCCAGGAAGUAUGGGCCCCUCGCACGCAUCGGCCCAAAUGAGCUGCUUUGCACAGACCCGGAUUCGCUGCGCAAGAUAUCCGCCGUCCGGUCGCCGUACACCAAGGGCGACUUUUACGAUUCCGGCCGCAUCACCCCGGGCGUCGACAAUGUCGUCUCGAUGCGGGAUGAAAAUGAACACAAAGCCAUGAGGGCACGCAUGGCUCCGGCCUACGCUGCCAAAGAGAACGAAGGCUUCGGCUUCGAGACGGGCAUCGACCGCCAGCUGAUGAACUUCAUCCGACUCAUAGACCAGCACUACGUGUCCACGGACUCGGAUUUCCGACCGCUGGACCUCGCCGAGAAGACGCAGUUCUUUGCCCUCGACGCCAUCGGCGACGUUUCCUUCGGCGGCCCUUUCGGCUUCCUCGCCACCGACCGGGACUUGUUCCGGUACAUCGAGAUCAACGAGUCGUCUCUCCCCGUGAUGAAUGUCGUCUCGGUGCUUCCCUGGCUGGGCCGGCUCGUCCACAGAUGGCCUUUCCGUUUGAUGCUGCCGAGCGAAGGCGACCAACUCGGCUUCGGCCGCUUGAUGGGGUUUGCCAGGAACUACGCUGAAUCGAGGCUCCAACCGGGAGCGAAGCCGCAAAAGGACAUGAUGCAAGCCUUCAUCAACCAGGGCCUGAACCGUGAUGAGCUCAUCCAGCUUGUGUACAUCCACAUGAUUGCCGGAACAAACUCGGCAGCGCAAGCCAUGCGCAUGACUCUGCUUUGCUUGAUCAACAAUCCCGUCGCGUAUCGCCGGCUCCAGCAGGAAAUCGACGACGCCAUUGCGGCCGGCGCCAUCAGCGCCCCGAUCACCAACGCCGAAGCCCUGAAGCUGCCUUACCUCCAGGCCGUCAUCCACGAAGGUCUGCGCUUCUACCCCCCGGUCACGGGUCUCGGCUUCAAGCAGACGCCGGAGGGCGGCGACAUGCUCAACGGCUACUUCGUCCCCGGCGGCACGCAGGUAGGACAAAACUUCUUCGGUGUCGGGCGUUCGCUGUUGGUCUGGGGCUCCGACGCCGAUGUCUUCCGGCCGGAACGGUGGCUCGGCGCGGACAAGGAUGAACUGAGAAGGAUGAAUGCUGCUCUGGACACGAGUUUCGGCCACGGCAAGUACUCGUGUCUUGGAAAGCCCAUCGCCAUUAUGGAACUCAACAAGGUCUUCGUCGAGCUCUUGAGAAGAUACGACUUCGCUGUCAUGAAUCCGGAAAGACCAAUCAAAACACUCAGCGCCAUUUUCUUCGUCGCCAGAGACUUUUGGGUCAGAGUGACAAGGCGGUCGAUUAAGACUUGA